AUCAAUUUGUUUUUGUGUCAGCCGUCGUACGUGUAAAAUUUCUUUUUAAAUAAUAAAAUCUUAAUGAAAUUAUAAAAAUAAAUCUUAAAUUCUAUAAAAUAACCAAUAAUUUGCAAUGUAUACCUUGCUUAAUGGUUUCUAUAAAUAUCUAACACAAAAAGAUGAAUACUGUGUAGUAAUAUUGGGUUUGGACAAUGCUGGCAAGACGACUUAUUUGGAAGCAGCCAAAACAAAAUUUACGAAAAACUAUAAAGGAAUGAAUCCAAGUAAAAUAACCACUACCGUAGGCCUCAAUAUAGGAACCAUUGAUGUGCAGGGAGUGCGUUUGAAUUUUUGGGAUCUGGGUGGUCAACAUGAAUUACAGUCAUUGUGGGAUAAGUAUUAUCAAGAAUCGCAUGCUGUCAUCUAUGUGAUAGACUCGAACGAUAGAGAUCGUAUGGAAGAAUCAAAAGUUAUUUUUGAUAAAAUGAUACAGAAUGAUUUGCUGUCGGGUGUUCCUUUACUUAUAUUGGCUAAUAAACAAGAUUUACCUGAUGUUAUGGGUGUUCGAGAUAUAAAACCAGUAUUCCAACAAGCGGGCGGUUUUAUUGGCCGACGUGAUUGUCUUACCAUACCGGUAUCUGCUCUAACGGGCGAAGGUGUAGAUGAAGGCAUCAAGUGGCUGGUGGAGGCCAUAAAAAGACAUUCUAUAGUACGACCACCACGCGUGAACGACUGAUGAUAGAUUUGUAUUUAUAUUUUUUGCAAAAUAGUGAGAUAAACGAAAAGUUCUUCUAUUUUUUUUUGUAAUAAGCUUUUAUUUUUUGUAUUAGCUUUAUGCUAAAGCAUAUUCCAGAUUAUUUUUUACUUUUUUUUGUAAAUGUACAAAAUAU